AUGAGAUUUCUGAUUGUUGCCGCCGCCGUCCUCGCCUGCGCCGCAGCCGCGCCCUCUGGCGCCCUGCUGGCCGCACCCUACGCUCACGGGCUAGCCGCACCCUACGGUCACGGGCUAGCCGCACCCUACGCGCAUGGGUUAGCCGCCGCCCACCUGGCAGCGCCCUUAGCGGUGGCGCACGCCGCCCCCUUGGCCGUAGCCCACGCUGCCCCAGUAGCCGUAGCCCCCACCAUCCCCCCAGGUGACCUCCAGGGAGCCGCCAUCGACGCCCACGUUGAAGCAUCCGACCACGCUCGUGCCGCCGUCGACGCCGCCCGUGAAUACCACGACCAAGCUUCCGAAGUCCAGGGUCAAGCCGUGAACGCUGCUGAAGACCACGCAUGGCAGGCGGUUGACGCUGCCCAGACCGCUCAAGCCCAGGUUGAUGGCGCCGCCGCCGGUGUCGCCCCCAACGUAGCCCGUCAAUUGGUCGGCCACGCCGCUCCCGUUGUCGCCGCCGCCCCAGUUGCCGCGUACGCCGCUCCAGCUUACGCCGGUCAUGCCGCUUACGCUGCCCCCGCUUACGCCGGUCACGCUGCGUACGCCCCAGCCGUAGCUGCCUACGCUGGCGCCAGCUCAGUAGCCCACUCAUCUCUCUCCCAGACCCACCCGGCCCCAGUAGUCCACGCCCCCGUCGCGUACGCGGCGCAUGGUUACCCCCACGGUCUCGCGCACGCAUGGUAA